AUUUAAAAUAUAUUUAUCUAUAUAAAUCCCUCAAUGGACGGAGAUCAAAUCGAAAAGACCAGCAGUGAUCAGGAGUUGGGAUAUAGUCGAUGCCCUCGCAGUUGCGUUCAUUAUGCCACAAUCGCGGAUUUUCUAACCAGUCUUAAUUUAAAUGACACCAAUUUGGGCUCGGUUCAAAAUCUUAGGAGUCUGAGCUUAGAAGACUACCUUAAAACUGUGCGAUGUGCGAAAAACCAGCAAGGGGAUAAUGAUAUUAACCUCGAAAACAGGAAAAUGUGAAGAAACCGAUACGAGAUAUCAGCAGGCUUAAACAGAAGGAUUCAAAUUGUCCCAACAAACGCAAAGCUGUCACCACCAUCUGAUUUUUGGCCAUCCACCCGCCAAACACGUGAUUGAAUGUCCCAGGAAACAGACUGCAGAGUGAAAAGAAAAAAAAAGCGAUGCCGACGAGGACGAGGACUGACCAAAGCGAAUUCGAUUUGGUGAUGGAAACUCUUGGACGACAAGUCGCUCUCGUAAACGGCUUCGACGGCACCUUGCCUUGCCUUGGAGACGGAGACUGUGAAGACUGAAGACUGAAGCUUGAAGACCAACUGAAGGAAAUGGUGAACUGGGACCAGAACUCACAACUCACAGCUCGAAACAGAAAACUGAAAACCAAAACCGAUGGCAACCCAAUUCCAUGUACGUGACACGAUCACUGGUGUGCUCUCUUAUAUUUGCUUUGCCCGAGCAGCGAUUUGAUUUGCCCUAACCUCGAGCUUUAUAAUGGCUGGGGCCUUUGAUUGAUUCGACUAUGGCAAAUCUUUGGCCAAGAUCGCCGGGCCACGUCCAAUUGUGAUGACAAAUCAAUUGUCAGCGCCCGCGGUCGCUACGUGGG